AUGGAAUUGGACACUGCCACUACAGGCAAUUUUGUUUCCUUGUCAGUCUGGAAACAACUAGGAAAACCAAAGCUGCAAGAUGUCAAGCAUCGCUAUGAAUCUGCCAGCAAGCACGACCUGCCUGUUCUUGGAACUUUCGUGGGCCAAACCAAGGAUCCAACAACCGACAAGCAGAAUCUAAUACCAUACAUCGUCACCAAGAUCUCUGAUCUUAAUUUGCUGGGACGAAAUGCUAUCCAGACUCUGGGAAUUUCCGUGGACACUGCUCUGGGUUUGAAAAGCAUAGACAGCCAAGCCAAGAGGGAAGGUGCAGAAGUGAUAUAUCCAAAGACCUCAAGUGAGCCCUAUGUUUCCCUGCAACAAGAUUGUCACAAGAUGUGUGAUGAAUUCCCAGAUCUUUUCAAGCAAGAAUUGGGAUGUCUCAAGAACUUUGAACUGGAAGUGAAAUUCAAAUCGGACGCAACACCAGUCUUUCACAAGGCAUGUCCGGUCCCGCUUGCUCUUCGUGAUGACCUGGCCAAAGGUUACGAAGAAGGCAUCGCCAAGGGAAUCUGGAAGCCAGUCCAGUUCAACGAAUACGGAACGCCAGUGGUACCGAUUCGUAAAGCAUACGCUUCAAGCAACCUGAAGCCCAAACUACGAAUUUGUGGUGACUACUCUGUGGGAAUUAAUGACCAACUUGCAGAUCACCGUCAUCCAAUGCCACUGCCUGUUGAACUGAUGCAGAAACUUGGAGGUGGAUUCGGAUAUACAAAGAUUGACCUUGCUGAUGCCUAUAAUCAGAUCAAGCUGGCUCCGGAAAGUCAACGCAGACUCGCACUCAGCACUCACCGUGGAGUACCCCUGCAGCAACGACUCCCUUUCGGAAUCAAGUCAGUACCUGGUUACUUUCAGAUCAUGGAAAACCUGACCCAUGAUCUACCUGGAGUGGCCGUCUUCCAGGACGACAUGCUCGUCAGUGGGAACGAUACAAACAGUCACCUAAGUAACCUAAAGUGUCUGCUCACACGUCUAAGCGACAAUGGACUCAGAUGUCGCCGUGAAAAGUGCCAGUUUGCACUACCCAGUGUAGAAUACCUUGGACACAUUUUGUCGGCUGAAGGGAUCACAGGUCGAACGACUCAAGCUUGA